CCCCUCCCCAGUCCAGCCAGGAGAGACUCUGGCCGAGUGUCAAUAUCAGCCUGAGCCGGAGGGGUGGGGUGUGAAAUUGACGAGAUUAGGGGCCGGGCUGGGGGGGGGCAAAGACCUUUCCGCCGCCGCCGCCGCCGCCCUCCCCCCACCCCCGACCCACAACUCCUGCAUCCAAGCCUCCUGCUUGUGCGAAAGGGAAAGUGGUUUUUCCUCCUUCCCCCUGCGGUGCCUACAGCGGCUUCCCGGUAGCUCCCCUCUCCAGAGGCCCUGCUCCCCCCCGGGGAAAUUGGGGGGCCGGCUGUCUGGCCAGGAUGUACCCCCCAAGGGGGAGGCUUUCCUGUGACUUGGGGGAGUGGAGUUGAUUUGCUUUGUUUCCCUCCCCCCUCUGCCCUGCGAGGACUCCAGGAAUAGCUUCCCUUCUCAGCACGCCAGAGUAGGUCUACACGGGCUGCUAGCGAAAUCGCAUCAAUCUGGACUGGUUUGGGGUCAGAAAGGGGCCCAGCAAGAGUUCCUGUUCCCCCGGAGCUAGAGGUUUGUUCCAGCCUCAGGGUUUCCUGGAGGAAGUUGGAGUAGGGGGUGAAUUUGGCGCAGCCUUAAAAUAUGAUCCCGCGGGAGGGACCCCGGUGAGCAGGAGGACUCGGCAGGGUGGGCAGUGGGGGGAGGAGAAUCUGGCCUGGGCAGCGCGAUGGUCCCGCUGUGCUGGCCCUGCCUGCACUGCUGCCCGGACCCCCCGGCGGCCAUGAGUGGGCCCCCCGCCCCGCAGCCCCCCGGCCUGUCCUACCGCUACCGGAGCUUCUGCGGGGACUUCGAGCGGGUGGAGACAGCGCUGGAGCGGCUGGAGGCCAGCGGCUUCUACUGGGGCAGCCUGUCGGGGGCGGAGGCCAAGCGGCUGCUGAGCCCCCACCCGCCGGGGGCUUUCCUGGUCCGCGACUCCUCCGACCACCGGCACCUCUUCACCCUCAGCCUCCGCACCGGGGCCGGCAUCACCAACCUGCGCAUCCAGCAGCAGGGAGCCGCCUUCCACCUGGAGACCCAGCCGGGAGCCCCCUGCCCGCCCGCCUUCGCCUGCGUGGUGCAGCUGGUGGAGCACUACCUGGGGCGGGCCGGGAACCCGGGGGCCCCCUACUACCUGGAGGCCCAGGGCAGCCGCCCCGAGCCCCUGGCGCUCGCCCGCCCGCUGCGCUGCAAGGUGGCCUCGCUGCAGGAGCUGUGCCGGCGGGCCGUGCGGGCCAGCGUCCGGGCAGGGACAGGGGGCCCCGAUCUGGAGGGGCUGCCCGUGCCCCGGGCCCUACGCAACUCCCUGCGCUGCUAGGGGGCCAUGCCCCAGGCCCUACUGAACUGUCUGCACAGCGGGUGGGGAGAGGGGGGACCCGCCACCUGUGCUCAGGACACCCUGCCCCCCAACGCUCGUGGGAGGCAGGACCCCCUCUGGGACACCCCAGGUAUUUCCAGCAGGGUGGGAGGAAGACCAGGGAAGGGGUCUGUACCCCACAUCCCUGUGGAAAACCCACCACCACAGGGUUGGGAGAGACCGGGGGCAGGGGGAGGGGCAGAUUAGCAUCAGCCCCAUGGCAGCUCCGGAGUGUGGGGGAGAGGGGACUAGAGUGGAUGGGGCUCUUUGGGCCAGGGCUGGGACCCAGGAUAAGAAAUGGGAGGGGGACACAGGAAUUGGUGGGGACUGGAAGCCAGGACUCCAAGGUUCUCUCUCCCGCUCCGGGGAGGGGGAAUCUGACGAUUGGAGUGAGGGGUCUAGGAGCCAGGACUCCUGGGUUCUCUCCCCAGCUCUGGGAAGGGCAUGGGGUCUGAAUCCCCUCUAUUCCCAGAGGAGCCGGAUCGGACCGUGGCAGGGCUCCCACCUCAUCCCCUGGAGGGCGUCACGCCAACCUCACGGACCUCGUCUCCCGCCAGGAGCGCUCGUGGCCCCGUUACCGCCAGCCAGGCUGGCCGUGUGCCAGGCGGCUUGUACCGCUGCAUCGGGACAGAAUAAACCUCGGUCUGCUGCA